CAUUUAUGUUGAAGCGCUGAUCCAUCACUUUUACCCCAGUCAGGUACAGUCGAGUGCUUUCUUCGAGGAGGCCCCUCUGCCGCGAAUUUGGUUUCCGUAGUUUAGUGCUAAAUUUUACGUUGCUGGUAACAGUUUUGGUUGAUAAUUAACAAGUUAAAGUUUUGUUGGCGUCGUUCCGCCUGAAAUGUGCUAGUGUUCGGUGAUCUAAACGCUUAUUCGUAAGUGAAAUCAGCCAGUGAAAAUUUUGGGGUUUGGAAGAAGCACGCGACGCAUGGUUGCGGCAUUUAUUUUGAUAAACGAAAACCAUCCCACCAGAAACUUAUGACGAGAUGCUGAAUAAAGUGUUGCUAUUCUUCGUCGCCCUGCGAUUGGCGUCCGUUUUUAUCGUGCGAACCUGGUAUGUCCCGGACGAGUAUUGGCAGAGUUUGGAAGUUGCUCAUCGGCUUGCAUUUGGCUACGGUCACCUAACAUGGGAAUGGACGUAUGGUAUCCGAAGUUACGUUUACCCAUCGAUCAUAGCCGGUCUGUACAAGCUGUUGGCAUUGGUGAAACUUGACUGCGUAGAACUGCUUGUUCUGCUGCCACGAGUUCUGCAGGCCUUACUUUCGGCUUACUCGGAUUAUCGGUUCUACUUGUGGUCGAACAAGAGCAAGUGGUCCGUCUUCAUGAUAGCCACUUCGUGGUUCUGGUUCUACACGGCGUCCCGUACGCUGUCGAAUACUUUGGAAGCAUCACUCACGGUCAUAGCUCUCAGCUAUUUCCCCUGGUCCGGAUCGGAAUGCACUGCCUUCUUGUGGCCAGUAGCGAUUUCAGUUUUCUUGAGACCUACUUCUGCUAUCCCAUGGAUUCCACUGUGCCUGUAUCAUAUGAAAAAGUCGUCCUAUCCAGUUUGGGAGCUGUUACUGAAACGUUAUCUAGUGAUCGGAUUCGUUGUGGGCACGUGUGCAGUUGCCAUUGAUACAUUCGUACAUGGGUCUCUGUUGUUAUCUCCGUACGAGUUUAUACGCUUCAACGUAUAUGAGGGAAUCGGAAGCUUCUACGGUGAACAUCCAUGGUACUGGUAUGUAAAUGUAGGUCUUCCAACUGUUCUGGGAGUUGCGACAUUGCCGUUCCUGUUUGCUGCAGUGGAAACCAUUCGCCAUCGUCAGGUCUACAAGGAAAGGGCUAUUUUGCUUCUUAGUGUACUUUUCACUGUCGUGGUCUAUUCUUUGUUACCACACAAGGAGUUCCGUUUCAUGCUGCAGAUUUUACCAAUUUGCCUCUACGUUUCAGCAGAUUUCAUGUCCCGUUGGAGCAGAAAAGCUUCUGGUAAACUGGUGUGGCUCGCUGCUUUGGUUCUACUAGUUUUGAACGCCAUUCCGGCAGGUUAUUUGAGUUUGGUUCAUCAGCGUGGCACAUUGGAUGUAAUGUCUUCGCUGCAGAAUAUCGCCAGAAAUUAUCAAAAUGAAAGUGGUCAAGGCGCUAAAUUUCUGUUUUUGAUGCCAUGUCAUUCCACACCUUAUCAUAGCCAUAUCCAUCACAAUACGACCAUGCGCUUUUUGCGCUGUGAACCCCACUUCUAUGAAAACCACGUUUUCAGAGACGAAGCCGAGACAUUCUACAAGGAUCCUAUCAGUUGGCUACGACGAAAUAUCCCCGUUCACCCACGCAGCGCCAUGCCAUCCCACGUGAUUGCAUUCGAUGUUCUGGAACCUGAGAUCAAAGAUUUUCUUACCAACUAUGAGAAACUAGAUUCAUUUUUCCAUUCCGAUUAUAAAACCGAAAGAAUUGGUGGAAAUGUGGUUAUCUACGAAAGAUACAAUCCGAGCAAACCUACACCAACACCGAUAGUGACAAAGGAGGAACCUGACAAUCAACCGACUGAGGGAGAAACAGAGGCCUAAGCAGCUCCAACCUCUUAAGCUUAAGAUUUCGUGUGCAUUUGACAUUUCUUUUAAUUUGUGUCUUUAAAAGUUAACAUAGAACCAAAUUAUCACUCUUUUGGUUGAAGUUUAUCAAUAUAUUUUUUUUUAAAUUAACUGUGCGGCAAUAAUAAUAGGUUUUGAACAUAAAGUUUGGCAAUUGAAUUCUACAUUCGAUACGACAACGUACUUUUCUUUGCUCUUCAUCUAGUAUAAGAAAUGAACAUACUUCCUCUGGGGAAGACGAUGCAGCAAUGUUUUUGACUGUAGAUUUUUUUAGAUAUGUAAACUGACAAACUCGAUUACCCGACAACAUUGUGUCAAACUGAGAUGUGUCUCACGGUGGAAGAUUUGACCCCACCGUUGUAGAACAACGUCCAUUAGAAAUAGUUUCCUAAUUAAACAAAACCUUGCUAAGUUUACCACGUUUUUCUUGAAAUAAAGUGUUCAUAUUUUAAUAAUAA